UAUGUGUGUGUGUGAGUGUGUGUGAGUGUGUGCGUGUGUCUGUAUGAGUGAGUGAGGGAGCGUGUGUGCCUGUAUGUGUAUACUGUUGACCAGAUGGUUUACUGCGUAGGGCUAGUCACUGUGUGCUAUGUGUGUCUGCACGUUUCUAUCAUCUCAUGUCAAAGGUCUGUUACCCGAACACCUCUCUCAUCAACUAAAUUUCUUUCUAAAUAAUUGGAAGGACUAUGAAGGCUAGGAGUUUCCGGAAUGUUUAUAACUUGUGAAAAAACAGGCUAUUCACCUUGUUUUCUGUGGCAGCUGCGGUCAGAAGAGAUUAAGGGGGAUUCGCAUCUGAAGGAUUCCUUGUGUUUACACUGAGAGGGAAAAAGGCUGCAGAGAGAGUUUUGGCAUGUGGAUACUUUCCUCUGUCCUCAUUCCUGGGCUGUUUUAUGGAGUUUGGAGCUUGCAAAACUUUGAUUUUUUUGCCAGGACAUUUGCACCAUUCUAAGGAAGCAAAGGAUAACAGCAGUACUGACAGGGAUGUCUUCCAAGCGACCAGCCUCUCCAUAUGGGGAAGCAGAUGGGGGGGUAGCCAUGGUGACAAGCAGACAGAAAGUAGAAGAGGAAGAGUGUGACGGGUUCCCAGCCUUUCACCUUGCCAUGCACUCGAGUUUUGCCAAAAACCCUCACUCGGAGGACUUUCAGACAGUUUCCUCUCUGACGCAGGAAAGCUGUGGCCACAGCAGCAGCCCGACUUCUCUGCAAAACUCAAUGGAAUUCGAUGGCAGUAAGACUAUGUCUUCAUUUGCCAUACACAACUCAUCUACCUCACCACUGAAGACAGAUGAAAAUGGCCGCCUGACCAAUGAGAUGGGACCUGGUGCGAUGUUGGGAACACCAGAAAGACGCAAAGGUAGUCUUGCCGAUGUAGUGGAUACUCUAAAGCAACGCAAAAUGGAGGAACUUAUCAAGAGUGAGCCUGAUGAAACCCCCAGUAUUGAAAGGCUAUUAUCGAAAGACUGGAAAGACAAGCUACUAGCUAUGGGAUCAGGGAACUAUGGAGAAAUUAAAGAUGUACUGCCUCCCUCUGGUGAAAACACCUGGUUAGAGCUGACCCACUGCUACAGAAGGACAAUUCCCAUCUGCAACACCGGUGAUUCCAGCCUGGAUAGUGAAAAAGGGACCCCAGAAAGCCUAGCGGAAAAGGAGAGGCAGCUAAUGGGUAUGAUCAACCAGCUGACCAAUCUGCGGGAGCAGCUGCUGGCAGCUUGUGACGAGCAGAAGAAACUGGCAGCAUCGCAGAUCGAGAAGCAACGACAGCAAAUGGAACUAGCCAAGCAACAGCAAGAACAGAUUGCAAGACAACAGCAGCAACUUCUGCAGCAACAACACAAAAUCAACCUCCUUCAGCAGCAGAUCCAGCAGGUUCAAGGCCAACUUCCUCCAUUAAUGAUACCCGUGUUCCCUCCAGACCAACGAGCCCUGGCAGCAGCAGCAGCCCAGCAAGGGUUCCUCCUCCCACCUGGAUUCAACUACAAAGCUGGAUGUGGUGACCCUUACCCUGUUCAGGUGAUCCCGACUACCAUGGCAGCUGCUGCCGCAGCAACACCAGGUCUCAACCCUCUCCAACUACAGCAGCUGUAUGCAGCUCAACUCGCAGCAAUGCAGGUUUCACCAGGAGCCAAGAUGCCAGGCAUUCCCCAGGGUACCCUUGGCAAUACACUUUCUCCGACAAGUAUACCAUCAGAGAAAGUCAGAAGCACACCUCCACCCAAGAGCAAGGAUGAUGUGACACAACCUCUGAACCUUUCAGCAAAACCCAAGAGUUCCGACAGUAAGUCCCCCACGUCUCCCAUCUCUCCUCAAGCGCCAUCACUGAAAAUGAAUUCAGGCACAGGUGCUGUUAAAACUUCUAUCUCGACUACACUAGCAAGUCCUCCGGCCAGGCUCAGCUCAAUAGAUAUCCUUUCCUCCAUCACAUCAUCAGGUUAUCUCAAUGAUCAUGACGCUGUUGCAAAAGCGUUACAGGAGGCACGGCAUCUUCGGAGGGAACAGCAGGUGCUAGAUGGGAAGGUGGCGAUGGUGAACAGUCUGAGCCUAAAUAACUGCAGGACAGAAAAGGAGAAAUCUGCACUGGACAGCUUAAGCCAACAGCUGACAGUGAAACCCAAUGACGAUAGCAAGUUCAGCCACUCCAUGAUGGAUUUCAAUCUGAGUGGGGAUUCAGAUGGAAGUGCCGGUGUGUCAGAGUCAAGAAUAUACAGAGAGACUCGUGGUCGAGGCAGCAGUGAACCCCAUAUCAAACGUCCAAUGAAUGCCUUCAUGGUAUGGGCAAAAGAUGAGAGAAGGAAGAUUCUUCAGGCCUUCCCUGAUAUGCACAAUUCCAACAUCAGUAAGAUACUUGGGUCUCGUUGGAAAGCCAUGACAAAUUUAGAAAAGCAGCCUUACUACGAGGAACAAGCCAGGCUUAGCAAACAACACCUAGAGAAGUAUCCAGACUACAAGUACAAGCCUAGGCCAAAGAGGACAUGCCUCGUGGAUGGCAAGAAACUGAGGAUUGGGGAAUAUAAAGCAAUUAUGCGUAACAGGCGUCAGGAGAUGAGACAGUAUUUCAGUGUUGGGCAGCAAGGACAGAUCCCUAUAGCAACAGCAGGAGUUGUAUAUCCAGGAGCAAUUGCCAUGGCGGGAAUGCCUUCACCGCAGAUCCCAUCAGAGCACUCAAGCAUGUCCAGCAGUCCAGAGCCUGGGAUGCCGGUCAUCCAGAGCACUUAUGGUAUCAAGAGCGAAGAGCCACGUAUCAAGGAAGAGGGACAGGUAGAGGAUCUAAAUGGAGAAAUAUAUGAUGAAUUCGAUGAGGAUGAGGAUGACCCCGAUGUGGACUAUGGCAGUGACAGUGAAAAUCACAUUGUGGGGCAUGGCAAUUGAGCACUGGCAUGAUUACUAUCACAUGGAACUUCACAAGCCCCAGCUGGUUAGAUUUUACCAGUGGACAAGCACAUGGACAUUCAGAUACACUGACUGUUACUUUAAGUUGUAGUCUUAAAAACUAGUCAGGAUUUGAACUGACUACUAGACCUCGGCCUUCAUUAAAGGCUUAAAAAAAAGAAAGAGAGAAAUAAGCUAUGGGUAAAAUGAUGCCAGUAAUUCAGCUGCUGUACCCAGGCACUGAAGUCUUACCCUAUGACAUUUUUGAAAAAAAAAAAAGAACUCUAUGGCUGUUUGUUCUACAAUGUUCUAGAAAAUUCUCACUCAGGUACACAGUGCCAACAAGUGGCUUGUGAAUGUGUUUUGUUGUUUUGUGCUACAAUUUAAUAAAAACAUGUACUUUCAGGGUGGGGUAAUGCACCUGAUAUAAACAUUUAAACAUGUUUUCCCCACCACAUCUCCCUCACAUUUUUUGAGGGGGUAUAUUUUCCUUAAUUCUGACAUGCUGUCGCUACCCUUCCUAAGAGACAUUUUCAUUUAUUACACAUCACACUGCAUCCUUUUAGCAAGUGCCAAACUUGUACUGAAGUGUUAAAAUAGUUUGCAUUGUUCCUUAUGUCUUAAUUUAGGAUGGUAUUGUGUCUUAGACAAUCCCAUUUUAACCUGAUAUACCAGCAGUUGGUGAGUGUUUUUUAAACAGAAACUGAAGGUGCAGUUCUCAGGUGAAAGACAGAGACAGAGAGAAAAACAUAAGAAAUCAGAUUAAAUAAGAAAUUAUUUUAUAGCUAUGUGUAUAUGUGUAUGUGUGUAUGCGCGUGUGCUGAGUAUCUGUGGACACUAUAUGCAUCUGUGUGCAUGUGUGCUGAGUGUCUAUGGACACUGUAUGUGUCUGUGUGCAUGUGUGUGUGUGUGUGUGUGUGCGCCGAGUGUCUAUGGACACUGCAUUUGUGUGCAUGUAUGCCUGUGAUUAAGGUCUACGGUACUAAUAAUAUGUUGGACCAUUAAUAAUAACUUGUAGAGGAUAAUAAUCUUCCUCUAAUUCUUAUCAGUACAGCUGUUCUCUGGGAGGCCUUUCCUUCUUGUGUACCUUUAAAACAAUACAUUUUUGUUUGGGUGUUCCUUUGUCCAUUCUGUAAAGUAGCUUGCAGUUUUGGUUGCUGCUUACAGCAGGCAACUGUCUUGCAUCAAAUUGCCAGUUGCAUUACUGCAUAAUGCCAUAGCAUACUACAGUGUUGGGAUGUAUAGGCUUUUUAACAUUAACACCUUCAAGGACACAUCUGUAUAAUUUAAAACAACCUUUUUGUACAGGCAUAACAACUUCAACUUGAUAUUCUGUGCACUGCUUUGGGUUUUCAUGCUGUUUGAGGACAACAGUAUAGAUGAAGGUCUGAAGGAAAAUAAAAAAGUGGCUUUGUUUUCAUCUGCCUUGUGCUGUAAAGCAGCACUUACAGAUGCCUAGUAAGAUACUGGAAAUUGCAGUCACUUUUGGGUACCUUGCUUGGAAAGCUGACAUGAGCAGUGGCUUGUUGAGAUGCCACAUUGCUGCACUCCCUUGUAUCAGGUGUUGUUUAGAAUCAGAGGAUAUCCCACUACCAGGCACCAGUUAGGAGGUUGGAUGGGUUUAUCCCCAGCAAUUUUUUUUCAGUUUUUCUCUCUAAAACUGAAAAGUAAAGUUUUUGUCAACAGCUUGCUCGGGUGUUCUGCUUGGAGUAGCUGAUCAUAUCCUGCAUGUCAGUGUUUUUGUUUGUAUUUGAUGACUGUACUUUUACAAUUCAACUGCCUCUUCUUGCUAGUGUUGUAAUGCUAAUAAUUAUAAUAUUAUUAAUAAUAAUGGUAAUGGUCAGCUGUUCCGAGGUUAGUAAGUUAUGUAUAAUUUAUUUUUUCUUUUUAAUAUUUUUGUUCUUAUUUGCAAUGCAGCAGACUGUAUCUGAUAAGCAUUUAAACCUUGAUAAGCCUUGCAUUUAGUUAUUUCCAUUUCUUUUUUGUUUUGUUUUGUUUUUUGGUCUUAGUUACACAUGUCAUAUUAUGUUGCUUAUGCAGAAGGAAAGUAAUAACAGGAUUUUCUUGUACAUUAAUUGAGACCAUUCUGUCAUUGCUGAUGUUUCUUAUUUAAUUACCACAGACAUUUAGAGCUGAUUUCCUGAAGCACUCUAUAUGGACAGAAAUAAUUGUUUUUUGUAUCAUUUUUACAUACAAUGUGAAAAACGGCAGUUUUUUAUUUUUUUAUUUUGUUCCCAUUCUGUGAACAAAUUAUUUCUGACUCAUGUGAGUUGGCCUCACAUUUGCUUAAUGCUUCAUUUCCACCAAUUUUUUAAGGCGCUUUGUUUAUUUAUGUGACUCUAGUAUAUAAGGGUACUUUGUUUUAGCUCCAAGGUGGUGUUGCCAUGGCUGGCGCAAUGGGAACAAUUUAUGCAUAAUAUUUAUGAGUUUUAAAAUGAUUUUAGUUUGUACAGAAUACAUAAUUCAUCUAUGACAGCAUUUUCCAGCUGAAUGAAAAGUGCUACUUAAACCAUGUUUUAUAAAAUGACUAUCAGAUGUUCCUCAGAUUUAAAAUCAAAGUCCCUUUUUAUUGUAAGACUUUUUUUAAGGCAGACACCUAACUGCAUUUAUUUUAUUAUUUUAUACCUGUCCACUUUAUAGGAAGACCUUUCCCAUUUGUUUUCAUUUAAUUUACAGGGUUAGAUUCACAUCAACAAUAUAGGGCUUGCUUCAGCUUGUGUGUUAAACUAAUUUGGUCUCACCAGUUUUAGUUACAUCAGUAUAUUUGCUUACAUAAAUUCUCUUUGUUUACCACAUUAUGAGCUAUAGAUCUGUCAGUAGCUCUGAAAAGUACUUGCCUUUACUCAGUACCCUAGCUCAGAAUAUAUUAUUCAAACUGCAGUUAUAAACAGAUAAGGUGGAUAAAUUUGUUUGUGGCAGACUCGUGCUUCAGAAGGCAACUGUGGGCAAAUUACAUUUCACUGAAAAUGACUUCUGUGAUUGUGACCUUUUCUCCUAAGAUGACAUGACCUUGGAGGUAAUUACCAGCAGUGUCUCAUAGGUCUCUGUAAUAGGGCUACAUUUUAAAUUAUUCUUAUUAAUUUGAGAAAGAUUGUGCAGGUGUCUUCACCAUGUGUGUGUGGAGUAUGGGUGUGGAGUGGUCCUCACCACCUCUGUGUGGUGUAUGGAGAUACCCUCUAUCACUUCCCUGUGGCUUGUAAUUUCAGUAGUUGUGAUCAACAGAAUUCAUAGAAGUGUCCUGUUGAUGGAAGAUGACUUCAUGAUGUCUGCCACAUCCAUUUUAUAUUCUUUCAGGAUCAUUCACAAUCUUAUGUAACAGAACUGGAGGUACUACUCAUAAAAGGCAGGUGACUAUAGAGAUUUGGAUUUUUCAGGGUUGCGUCAUCUGAAAGAGUAUUAACACUUUUUUUCUGAUUUUUUUUCCCCACUAGACUGUGGGCAGUAGUAACAUUAGCACAUAAUGCUCAGGCCUGAAACAAUGGGGUAGGCCAUUGCCUAUAUCUACUUCCAUCCUGCCACCUUGACUUGGAAUACAGCUUCAGUUAAAUAUUUUCAUUA